CAGCAGCAGCACCGCAAUCACCACUCCACCCACCACCGCCACCAUGUUCCUCCGCCGCGCCGCGCCAGCGCUCGCCAAGCGCGCUGUGCUGCGCCAACCCGUCAUUCAGCGCUCCUUCGCCGCCUCCGCGCAAAAGAUGAGCAGCGGCCACUCCGCACCAGGCGAGGGCAAGAUGAUGAAAUUUGAGGACAUCAAGAGCGAACACGAUCUCCUCCCACCAGGUGCUCAGCCCGGUACCAUCCCCACCGAUCUCGAACAAGCAACUGGUAUCGAGCGUCUGGAAAUUUUGGGAAAGAUGCAAGGGAUUGAUAUCUUUGACAUGAGGCCUUUGGACGCGAGUCGGAAAGGAACCCUCGAGGACCCAAUCGUCGUCAAGUCGUACGGUGAUGAGCAGUAUGUCGGCUGCACGGGUUGCCCAGCUGAUUCUCACGUUGUCAUCUGGCUUACUAUCUCUCGUGCCCGCGAUAUUGAGCGUUGCCCCGAGUGUGGUUCUGUUUACAAGAUGGAGUAUGUUGGGCCUACGGAUGAUGGGCACGGACAUGAUCACGGUCAUGGACAUGAUGAGCACCAUGCUGAGAAUGGAGACCCAAUCACUAUGGCAGACUUCGUGAGGCCGGAGUACAGAUAGAUGGAGCAGGGGUUCUUUGCGUGAUGAGAUGUAGUACAGGCGGCAGCGUAGAGAGACAGGCAGCUUUUGUACAAAGUAGAGUGAGAUGGUGACCACUCGAAACUACCUCUUCGUCAUAUGAG